AUGGCGAGCCCACGGAACACCAUGUGCACCCAGUCGGCGGAGGCCGACCAUGAGUGCUAUCAGCUGCGCCAGCCAACAGCUGCCACCGUGGAGCCAACCAGGGUGACUUUGCCCUCCACCGCACUCCAGCCGCAACACGGCACAUGGCAGGGUGCAGCCCCACGCGACGAAGACUUUAAUAAGCUGCUGCUGGACAAACUUGAUCAAAUGUCGAGAAGAAUAGAGGGCAUAGAGGUGCACAUCCAGGCACAAGCCGCUGCACCACCUCCUCCUCCUCCCCCUCCACCCGAGCCCAUCAUACCAGCAGCAGAAGGCCCCAACGUGCAGCCAACGGCUGCAGAACCGCCGGUGAUCACUGCACCAGUGCCACCGGUGCAGGCCAGCGACCAGGCACCACAACCGGUGCCACCACCAAUCGUCGCCCCUGCUGUGCCGGCUGCCAACUGCACACUGCCGGCCUUGUGCAAGCCAGCAGCUGCCCAAGCUGGCCAUCAGCUCCGGAUGGACUUCAGCCAGCAGCAGGCUCAAGAGCUGCUGCACAACCACCGGGAAUUUCUUCAGUUGAGCACGUGCAGUUUUGGUCGGCGGGGUCGACCAUCGUACGCAGUGCGCACGGAAAGCAAGGUGCAGUGUCUCUGUAACAUCGCCAACAUAUCCGGUCCGCAUGGUGCCGCAGCCAUCCAUGUGGCGCAUCCACUUCAAGGCUGGGUGUGCAGCGAUGGUACAGCCGACACGACAUCCUUGCUGAACGAUUCACAACCAAACCGUGAUCGUGCAGAACAUGUGGCCCCUUUCUGCGGCACUGCCAACUGCCGGUGCCACUAUAUGCAUGCAGCAGACAUUAGCCGCUGUGCUGUCGUGCUGCUCGAUGCCCACACAACAUGUGUGGACUGCGUGCAUCAUGCUCUCAUUGCCGUGGGUGCGACUGAUGUGCCCACGCUUGAUAUUUUGCUGGCGACUGUGGUGGGAGCCAUUGCGGAGUCUUGGGAUGUGAUGUGCCUCCAAGUGCUACAUGCCCAUGCAAGCAGCCUCCCCAGCACCUGCAUGGCAGAGCAAUAUGGAGAAGCUCUACAGCAGCACCGGCUGCUGCCUGGUGAUGUCGAGCUGGCAGUUCUCGGCCAUGCUCUCAACAUUGCAGUCACAGUGUUCGACCCGGCUGGGCUGCAGGUCUGCUAUUGGGGCUCCAGCACAGCGCCAACGGAGGUCUGCCUCAUUCGGCAAAUGGGCCUUUUUGGCACCCCCGUGUCUUACCGCCUGUUGGAUAUGAUGCCGGUGUACUUGUACAACAUCACCACGGAAAUCCACAAGGGGGACAUGCCGGACAGGGCAACGGCCAUGCACACAGCCGUUAUGCAGCUGUGGAUCGUGGCUGCCGGCAGCCUCCGCGCCGACACGGCCAUCACUCUAAUAUAUGACUACGGAAUGAAGGAUGACAUCCACCUCUACCAACCCUUCCAGGACCACUUCACCUUGACAUGCCUCAUGUCCACCGCGAAUCCAAGACUUGCCGACAAGAUGGAGGCGUUCUACAUUGCUCAGUACAAGUGCCUUUGGCCGGAUGGCUACAAUGUGCUGCACGGGCCUCCUUCCACCAGCCCCACCUGCUACACCGGUACCGCCUGCCGCCGCAUUACAAGACACCGCCCAACCGACACUUACGAUGCCCAGCGUGCGACUUGGCACUUGACGGAUGGUGUCCUGGCGCGUUGCGCGCUACCGUUCUGGACAUAG